GCAUACUAUAAGCCCUCACAAAGAGAGUUCACCCUGCAACCCUCCCUCACUCAGAGCGGGGAGCAGCGUCAGGGCGCAGGCUGCAAAGCCUCAGGCCGCUUCCUCAUGACAUCACAUGGUUGCAGAAUGACUUCUCUAACAUUCAUCUGUGAGGCAAGACUUCCUAAACACAGCGCGCGGUCACCCCUCUGUUGAUACUUGGAGCGGAAAAAAAGGGCUUCACUCUCCUGUGCGUAUCAUUUGUGGAAGGACCAGUUUUGAGUGUAUGCAUGUUAUCAGCGAUCUCAUCAUCUGACGCUACUUCCUGUCUUUGUCGUCAUGGUGACUGUAAGAGCCCCAGAGCUCUUGGCUACAGGGCCAGCGAGGAGGACUGAUGUCUGAUCUCCACUCCUGACUGCUGCUGAAAUAUAUGCUACUUCACACACCACGCUGCACGAGUGUCCCUUUUAGACAAGAGUCCCAGACAUGGAGGAGGAAGGCAGGGUGAACGGCUUUGGACUGAGCCCAGGGAGGAGGGGCUCAGACUGGGGUCGAAUCGCCCUGCUGGAAAAGACCAAGGAGUUCUUCCGCACCUGCGAUGUGGAGGGCAAAGGCUUCAUUACCCGCACAGAUAUGAGGAGGCUCCACAGAGAGCUGCCUCUGUCUGCGGAGGAGCUGGAGGAUGUGUUUGACUCUCUGGAUACAGACCACACUGGUUACCUCACACUGGAGGCAUUCUCCUCUGGAUUCAGUCAGUUCCUGCACGGCCGGAGGAUCUCUGUGGCUGAAAAUCAGGUCCCCAGCCCCGUCUUUAGGGCCAAGGAAGCCCUUUAUCAGAGCCAAUGGGAGGCCAAGCUGUCAGCAGUGGAAGACGAAGAAGAGGGGCACUUCUGUAUGCUGCUGGAAAGCCUGGGGGCCAGUAAUGUGUUUGAGGAUCCAGGCGAGGUGCGCAGUCUUUGGGCCCAACUCAGGCGAGACGAGCCUCACCUCCUGUCCAAUUUUGAGGAGUUCCUGGCCAGGGUCACCCACCAGAUCAAAGAGGCCCACCAGGACAAGAAAGAGAUGGAGAGUGCCCUCCAGAGGAAAGCUGCGACGCACGACAGUGAGAUCCGUCAUUUGUAUGAAGAGAUGGAGGCGCAGAUCAAAAACGAGAAAGACAGAUUGCUACUGAAGGACUCUGAGCGCCUUCAGUUGCGCAGCCAUGACCUCGAGCACCAACUGUAUUCAAAGGAGAAAGAGCUGGACCUUCUCUUCCAGAAGCAGAAAAGGUUAGAGAACCAGUGCCACGAGCUGAGCAGCGAGAAGCAGGAGAGCCACGUGGAGAACGUCAAGCUGAAGAUGACCAACGACGAGCUGUCCCGAGCGCUGGAGAACACCAGCCAGGAGCUGGCACUGGCCCAGGAACAGCUGGGCAUGCUGCAGGAGCAGGCUGCCCGGCUCCACCAGGAGAAAGAGAUGGAAAUGUACAGAGUAACUGAGGGACUGCAGAGAGAGAAGCAAAGUCUCAUGAAGCAGCUCGACCUCCUCAGGGAGAUGAACAAACACUUAAAAGACGAGCGAGACAUAUGCUGCGGCGUACCUCGAACUUCACUCAGAAAGAAGCAGAAGCAGAGAGCGGGCCUCGCCAACAUAUUCGAUGACACCAGCCAACCGGCGAAAAGAGCCCCACUGUUGGUGGACGGGUCCUACCAGUCUCUGGAGGCCUUGCCGAUAGAGCACCUUCAAAUCGUGUUUGUUGCUUCCUCCUCCUGCAGUGAGGAUGACACCCCCACCACCAGCACCACCACCACCACCACCAACAACAACCCCUCCUCCACCACCUACUUCAGUGCCCCCGCAUGUCAACAACGCCCUGCAGCCAAGAAAAACUACGGAUUAGCCAAUGGUUACGCCAACCCUGCUCCGCCCAAAGCGCACGAUGUCAAGGCAAAGACCAAAAAAUCACCCGGCAAGAUGGCCACCGCUAAGAGGAUGACGGGGAAAGACAGAGUGAGAGCGAGGAAAGCGGAAAUUGAGCAGCAGGCCGGGGUAGAAGAGGAGGGCUUGGACGCCCCUCCGGACGGGUGGCCCCUCCGUCGAGUCAUCUCCAUCGAGGAGGACCACCUGGCCCACCUGCUCCAUGGAGGGCCUCAACCUUUGCUGCACCAGCUCAGUGAGGAGGAGGACGAAGUGGACGAUGAGGAGGAAGAGGAAGCUCAGAGUGAAGUUGAAACCAGUGUUGUCAUGGCUGCCACCCCACCCUUUAGUCACCCUCUAGUCCCUGUGGCGGGAGAAGCUCCUCCGGCAAGGAAAUCCCGCUUUACCCGUGCGAAAAAGACGCCUUUGUCUCCAAGAGGACAGCCUGUCGGGAAGGAGACCCAGCAAGCAAAAGAAGGAGCACUGUUUGUCCCAGACCGCCUGUUUAAAGUUGUGCUGAUUGGCAACUCGAGUGUAGGCAAGACAUCCCUGCUCCGCUCCUUCUGUGAGGGCCGUUUCCACCCUUCCACAACUGCUACUGUGGGUAUUGACUACAGUGUGAAGACACUAACCCUGGACAAUAUGCAGGUAGCCAUGCAGCUUUGGGACACAGCAGGUCAAGAGAGGUACCGCAGCAUAACCAAGCAGUUCUUUCGCAAGGCGGACGGUGUGGUGGUGAUGUACGACGUCACGGUGGAGGAGAGCUUCAAGGCCGUGCAACCCUGGCUCACCAAUGUCCAGGAAGCAGCGGGAGAAGGGAUCCCCAUCCUCCUUUUGGGCAACAAAAUGGACAUGGAUGGAGACAGGGAGGUGUCAUUCAAAGAAGCUGAGCAACUGGCCCAUGAAAACAAAGUGAUGUUCUUUGAGGUCAGCGCCUACACUGCCAAGAAUGUGACGGAGUCCCUGACACACCUGGCCAGAGUGUUAAUGGAUCAGGAGGACAAGGUGAGAGACACAACAGUCAUCCUCAGCGCUCAGCCGGUAAAGAAGAAAGCGUGCUGCAAGUGAAGUUUAUACUCAAUUUACUGAGUUCUUUUUGGACAUUGGAUUUGCAGUGUUUGAAGGCAACAAUGAAAUCAUUCUCGGACCUUAUCACAGAAUGAAAUUGUAUGACUUCAUUUUGUCCCCCCAAAAUGUACAACAUGUUCAAGUCGACAGGAAGGAGCGUGAGCAUAUAACCUACUGUCUUAAUGAACUUAAUUGAUGAGGUUCAGAGGAAGAGAUUGUCUAAAGGCAAAAAAUAAAAUGCUGCGUCGUUUUCUGUAAAUGUUGCCAAAUCACAGUAGUUCUCUCUAUAAGAUUUAAAAUUUGGACAUAUUCUGUAUUAUAAUGACUUUCAAGAGACAAAUCAUAAAUAUACUGUAGCUUUUUUCAUAACUUAAUGCUUUCCAGUUUUAAUUUCUCUGUAGUUGUCUGGGCUAGUAUAUGUUAAUGUAGUCAUAUUUAAUGUUGAAGCUAAAACUACAACAAAAUUAUUUGGAAUUCCUUAAAAUAGCUGUUUAAAUAAAAUAAAUAGUGAGAAAAUUCAGACGUAAUUCUUUAACAUUUUAUUCAUCAUCGUGUUCUUCUUUUUUUCAUAUUCUUUGUUUGUCUGUUCUCCAAAACAAAGUGUUACAUGACAUAUUGCAUCUGUGUUUGUUACUGAGGCAUCGUCCUGUUUUAUUCUGGCACCAAAGCACUGUUGCUCUGAAUAAUCCUCAAUUAAAGAAAUAAAUUACAUUUCA